CGACGUGACGGAAUUUCCGCUGACGUCACUGCGUGUGUCUUUGAGAGGGCUGAAGCUGUCUGAGAGCAACAACAACAGCGGGCCUCUAACGCCACGGAAUAACCCCGUUAUCCGGUCGUUCGUCGUGCAAGCGAACAUCUGGUUACCGAACACGUAGCCUUGGCCACAAGAGGAACCGGGCAGUUCGGGGCUGCAUCUGGGUCAGCGGGCCUUUCACCCGUGGUGACGGUGCAUCAGCGGUCCUGUCUCUUGCUGAAUAUACACACCGCGUCACGAGCAGGCACCGUGGGAACAUGCAGGGUAACGGGGUGGAACACAGCCAGUGCAGCCGAAACAGCGAGCCGUCGUCAACCGGAGCAGCGCACUCGAACGGACUCCGAUCCAACAACAAAAAGAACCGAGGCUCCGCUCAGCCUGCGGUCAACAACAGCCCGGCGGAGGCUGGCGGGAGGAGGAAGAAGCUCCCGGCCCAGUCCGAGGAGGACGUCAUCCGCCUCAUAGGACAGCAUCUCCACCACCUGGGUCUCAAUCAGACAGUGGACCUCCUGAUGCAGGAGUCAGGCUGCAAACUGGAACAUCCCUCUGCCACAAAGUUCCGCAGUCAUGUCAUGGAAGGAGAAUGGGACAAGGCCCAAAGUGACCUGAACGAGCUGAAGGCCUUGAUGCAUUCUCCGGGCGCUAUAGUGCGGAUGAAGUUCCUGUUGCUGCAGCAGAAGUAUCUGGAGUAUCUGGAGGAUGGAAAGGUCCUGGAGGCCCUGCAGGUCCUCAGAGCAGAACUAACCCCUCUCAAGUACAACACAGAGCGUAUCCACAUUCUGAGCGGGUACCUGAUGUGCAGUCAUGCAGAGGAUCUGCGAGCCAAAGCAGAGUGGGAAGGUAAAGGCACGUCAUCAAGAACAAAGCUGCUGGACAAGCUGCAGACAUACCUACCUCCGUCAGUGAUGCUGCCUCCUCGCCGCCUCCAGACUCUGCUAAAACAGGCGGUUGAGCUGCAGAGGGAGCGCUGCCUCUACCACAACACCAAGCUGGACAGUGGACUGGACUCUGUGUCUCCGCUGCUGGACCACGCCUGCAGCCGAAAGCAGUUCCCCUGCUACACUCAGCAGAUUCUUGCGGAACACUGCAACGAAGUCUGGUUUUGUAAGUUUUCCAACAAUGGCACCAAACUGGCAACCGGGUCCAAAGACACCACAGUCAUUGUGUGGCACGUGGAUGCGGAAACCCAUCAGCUUAAGUUCAUGAAGACUCUGGAGGGCCAUGCUUAUGGUGUUUCCUACUUGGCAUGGAGCCCUGACGAUGCCUUCCUUAUAGCCUGCGGACCUGAUGACUGCUCUGAGCUGUGGUUGUGGAAUGUACAGACCGGGGAGUUACGAACAAAGAUGAGUCAGUCUCAUGAGGAUAGCCUGACCAGCGUGGCCUGGAAUCCAGAUGGGAAACGCUUUGUCACUGGCGGACAGAGAGGCCAGUUCUACCAGUGUGACAUGGAUGGAAACCUACUGGACUCAUGGGAAGGAGUUCGGGUGCAGUGCCUGUGGUGUCUGAGUGACGGCCGAACUGUUCUUGCAUCUGACACACACCAACGCAUCCGUGGAUACAACUUUGAGGACCUGACUGACCGAAAUAUAGUGCAGGAGGACCACCCAAUCAUGUCUUUCACUGUAUCCAAAAAUGGAAGGUUAGCUCUUCUCAAUGUUGCAACUCAGGGAGUGCACUUAUGGGACCUGCACGACCGGGUACUGCUGAGAAAGUACCAAGGGGUGACGCAGGGCUUCUACACUAUCCACUCCUGCCUCGGAGGGCACAAUGAAGACUUCAUCGCUAGUGGCAGUGAAGACCACAAAGUUUACAUCUGGCACCGGCGCAGUGAGCUGCCCAUCGCGGAGCUGGCGGGUCAUACCCGCACAGUCAACUGUGUGAGUUGGAACCCCGUCCUGCCAGGACUGCUGGCAAGCGCCUCUGAUGACGGAACCGUUCGUAUCUGGGGACCCGCCCCCUUCCUGGAUGUCCAGGAUACAAAGAGGCUCAAUGAAUGUUGCAGCAUGGACAGCUGAUGAUCAUGAGGACAAUCACACAUUUUGUGACUGGAGGAAGCAGGAACAGCUUGGGUCAGGGGACGGCAGCGUUCUGGAGAUGGGCAAUGGUAUCACCCUGGGCUCCACAACCCUCAGCACCAUCCAGUUCAACCCACCUCCUGCUAUUUAGUAUCGACUCGGGAGUUCACUGACUUGUGCUAGGCUCCGAAGUAGCCUUGUGAAGGUUGUAUGUUGUUAUUUUGAUCCCAUCUUGAGUCGAAGUUGCUCUCUUAAAGUUUCAGCUUCUUUCCUUUUUCACUGCCUAAACCUUUAUAAGAGAUUUGAACUAUAAGGCCAUCAACUUGAGGAGCACCAUGACUCUUUAAUGAGAGUUGUUUUUAACAUAGUGUUUUCCCUUCAGCUUUGCUGCUUCUAGCAACCGAAGGAAUUUGAUCUGAAUACUCAGUUCAAAGGAUCUGUCAUAUGGAUAAUUUGGUGUGGUGUCUUCACAACUUGGUCUUUGCUCAUUGGUCUUUUGUCUGUCCCCUGCAUACAAACAGUAUGUUAAUGGUGAUGAUUUGUUAAGGAUACUGUGGUACUGUGACAAAAAGCAGCACCACUUCGGAGUUCACCAACUAUGUUUUAGUUUCCAAACCGCUUCAGAACAUUUUUCCAAAUCUUUCCCAGGCCUGGAGAAGCAGGAAGUUGAGGACUGUGGGUACCCUGUUUGUCUACACACACUCACUCACAAACAGUAAUAUGUGGUGGUACACAAUAAUGGAUGUUAGACACUGGAUUCAACCCCAGAUAUGGUGUUCAACUUUUUGCUUGUUUAUUCAGAUUAUUCCAGGCUUCUCGUCUUUUGUUGCAAGAAGUCAAAGUAUGAGGUUGGUUUCUGUCAGAAACCAUUUAAAUUAAUUCAAAACGUGAUUGUACUGUUGUGUAUUGUCCGUCGGAGAAAUGUUAAGUAAGAAUAUUUUUAAUAAAGCAUUCAGGGUUUUAAAAUGUA